AUGGACAAAACCACAGAGAACUGGACCAAAAGUCUGGUUCAAACUGUGGUUCUGGACCAGACUGCGGCAGCACUAAUGCAAAGCAAAGGCAUUGAUGGCUAUGUAUCUGCGGUCCAAAAUUUUAAUGGUAUAAAUGACCAUGUUUUGUGGGAGCAGAAUUUCAUUCUUCUACAGUUCACAUGGCUACAUUAUCAAGCUGAAGCUACCUCUGAGCUAGCAGGUGAUGGUGGUUGGAUUAACAUGCAUGUGCACAUCUCAUGGAUGGCUCUCACUGCAACUCUGAAGACAAUGAUAGACCAUGAACUCAAGAUCAAUAAUUCUGAAUUUGCUAUGCUGGUAAACAUGUUUCUCUGCAUUGCCUUGGGCUUCAUUAUCAACAAAUUUGGAGGCCUGCUGUGCUGCAGUAGAGGCUGGUGCCACUACAAAGGACUCAAUAGCUACCAUGUCCUCAUGGCGGGCAAGAUCAUUGCUGCCAUUGGGGACAGGUCCCUGGACAAUGUGCAGCACAAAAUAGUCACCACAUAUUUUGCACCGGGGAAUGGUUUAGUGCUGUCUAUAGUAAAUGUGGCACAAUAUGUUGGACAGAGUACUGUGAAUGUCAUGUCCCAAAAUAUUGGCUCAUAUUCCUGGCCACUGUGGAUAGGCACCAUCAUGGGCCUCUUCUCAUUUCUAUGCACUAUUUGCAUCUUUGCCCUCAACAGUUUGGCCAGCCAAGUAUGGGUAGAGUCAAAGUUCAAACAUCCUAUUGGCCAGCUGUGCACCAAAUGCCCUUUACGUCUUGGUUUACAAUUUGCACAGCAAAGGCUCAAGAAAGGAGCUGUAGUUGGCAGAUGGGUGUUGAGUUUUUACUUGCUCCUCCCUAUUGGACUUACCCCUUUCUUGGGCAUUUUGAGUAAUGCAGGAGCUGACCACAAGGCCAGUGUUUCUCUCAGGAUGUAUGUUCCUCAUCUCCAUGCUCUUGUUAAGAUUUUCAGAGACAGUGCUAACAUUUACUUUGCAAUCAAGAAGUCUCUUGUUCAGGGCUCAAUUAUCAUCACCAUGACAGCAACAGGGAAGCUCCAAGACCUAUCCCCCACCAGCUCCCUUGACAGUGCUAUGAUGGUCUGGCUUGUGUAUGCGUUCAUCUCCAUGCUCAUCUUAGGUGUGCUCCUGGGUGCCUGCUACAUGCCAUGGGGACAGCAAUGUCUACCUGCCAUGCAGCUCUCACAGAACCGUGUCAAUCUCAUGCAUUUGGUUGGAGAGACACCUCAGGGUGGGGACUUGGAGGACCCCCAUACUGACAAUCAUCUUGCAGAGCACCUACAGUUCUUGAGGGACAAAGCCCACACAUGGUUCAAAUUUGACACUUGGCCUGUCCAAACAGUUGUUGUAUCAAAAAUAUUCUUUUUUGAUACAGCAUUUGUUUCUGAUGGCCAUCUUUGCCUCUGCAAUCCUGGAAGUCUACUAUCAGACUUCACUAAGAUCUUUCCAAUAGCACCAGAGCCCUCACAACAAGCAAUCAACAAUGAAUGGUCUUCAGAAUUGUUAUCUUCACUUCCCAGCACACAAAACAUCAAUGUGCUCAUGGACCCAGAACAAAACCUGAUUGCUGCUGCAUAUGAUAUUAUUGCUUUCGAUGGAGAUGGCAUCCACCCCCAGGCUGGGUUUCACCACAUGGUGAAUCAGUCAAGCUCCUAUGGUAGUUACAGAUUUGGGACUGGCAGUACUCCACAAUGUCCAAUAGGCAAUAGAUUGCUAAUUGUCAUGAAUGACAAUUUGAAGAUCUAUUUGAGCGGAAAUAUGUCCCAGGCGCUAGAAUUGCUGGGAAACUCACCCACAAUAAAUUAG